GUCAACAACAACCUUCGACACAAUGACCGCCCAGACUUUUCGUCAGAUCUCAACUCAUAAUCUCAAGACAUUCCGCCGCAAUUAUGUGUCGGAGAUUUCGGGAUCGCUCGGCGAUCUCGGAACCUUUCUCCCCAUCGCCAUAGCUCUGGCCAUCAACGGUACCGUCUCGCUAUCCAGCACCCUCAUCUUCUCGGGGCUCUUCAAUAUUUUGACCGGUCUGUUCUUCGGCAUCCCACUUCCUGUGCAGCCUAUGAAAGCAAUUGCCGCUGUAGCAAUCGCCAGAUCCUUCAACAAUGGCACCAUUGCCGCCGCCGGAAUCUUCGUCGGCGCGUGUAUUUUAAUUUUCAGCGUCACUGGCCUUCUUCACUGGUUCGCAGACGUAAUUCCUAUCCCCGUCAUCAAGGGUAUCCAGGUCGGGGCUGGCUUAUCCCUCGUCAUCGCAUCUUGCGGGAAUAUCCUGUCGUCCCUUGGAUGGGUCGGGCCGUCAUGGGCGGAUAACCGGAUCUGGGCCAUCGCGGCGUUCGUCUUCCUCAUCAUUACCAAUGUCUACCGCAAGGUGCCCUAUGCGCUAGUAGUUUUCCUCCUUGGUAUCCUCUUUGCCAUCAUCCGCAGUGCACUGGUAGCCGACUUGCCGUCUCUCACGUUCUGGCAUCCUUAUACCGUCGUCCCCACUCCCGAACAGUGGUCCGUGGGUGCUCUUGAUGCAGGUGUCGGGCAGAUUCCGCUCACGACGCUGAACUCCAUCGUUGCCGUCGUGCAUCUUGCGGGCGACUUGAUCCCGAAUGUACGUACGCCUUCAGUCACGUCUAUCGGGCUCAGCGUUGCCGCAAUGAACCUGAUAGGCUGUUGGUUCGGCGCCAUGCCUGUUUGUCACGGUUCUGGCGGGCUGGCAGCCCAGUACCGAUUCGGGGCUCGGUCUGGCUCCAGCGUGAUCUUCCUGGGCUUCCUGAAGCUGGUAAUUGGUAUCUUUUUCGGUGAAAGUCUGGUGGGCCUGUUGAAACGGUUCCCUUCGGCGCUGUUGGGGGUGAUGGUGAUUGCUGCAGGACUGGAGCUGGUCAGCGUGGGAGAGAGUCUCAAUACCACGGGGGCCCGGGACAUCAUGAAGGCCAAUUUCGGAAUUUUGGGUGAUGCCAGACAAGAUAUUGCGCCGAUGCUCAGUGAUGCAGACCGCAAGAGACGAUGGACGGUCAUGAUGGUCACCGUGGGGCUGCUGGUUGGGUUUAAGAAUGAUGCGAUUGGAUUCCUGGCUGGUAUUUUGUGCCACGUCGGCUAUGAGCUGCCUGGUCUCUGGGAAAAAGUACGAAAUCGGUGGAACGAGGGUCGGGUCAGAUUACCAUGAUCGCCUGCUUGACGAUUUUAAACAAUGACGCUGUUUAUGACUGCAUACGAAGCUUACUACUGAAUAUUUCUUGUCUUCGACACAACUUUCUACGCCGUUUUUAGCCAAUGAUAUAUAUAUCCGGGAUGCUUUGUUAUUUGCUCGAGAAUCGAUUUCCACUUGGGGCUGGGAGAAGGCGAAAGCUUAAUUAUAAUGGAGCUGGCAUUAUGGCUUCGCGAGGGGAUUCGCAGAUCGAACAAGUGAUUCAAAGCCAUGGGAACUAACCACGGAGAUCCUCGGCUUGACAAUAGUCAUUGGAACGAGAAGCAUUAGCUAUUAAUCUCCACCGCUCUGCCUGAAAUUUCGGCAAAUGAAACAUGCCGAACGAGAAGACAACUGUUGUACAGAGAAGGAAUGCGUUGACGCGUCUCUUACCUUGGUCACUUUUGUAUGAUGCAUGAUGAAGGGUCACUGAUAAUGCAUCACCAAGAUUCCUCAUACUGAUCAACAUUGAUUGCGAGUUAAAUAUGUAUUUAGCGUGAGAAGUUUUAUUGGCUUGCUAGAGAGUUACAGUAUAACUAGUUGAACAUGAAAGAAUUUCUAAUUCUUUACAUGAUCAAAUCCUCUAUUCCCACUUACUAAAAGUAUAGUAAGACAGUGGCUAGAUAUGUU